AUGGGAAAAAAGAAAGAAAUAAACAUAUUACUUCUCGGUGAGACCGGUGUAGGAAAAUCUACAUUUAUAAAUGCCUUCAUCAACUAUCUCAAAUUUGAUACUUUAGAAGACGCAAAAUCUGGGGAACUGGAUUGUCUAAUCUCAUCUAAAUUCUCAAUUAUGGAUGAUAACUUUAAGACGAGACCAAUAAAAAUUGGUGAUGAUGAUCCAAACGAACAACUAGAUACUGUAGGAACGUCAGCCACUCAAGGAUGUAAAAGUUAUUUGUUUCAAGUCGAGCACAACGUGCACAUAAGAUUGAUCGAUACUCCUGGAAUAGGAGACACAAGAGGAAUAGAUCAAGACAAGAAAAAUUUUGAAAACAUCUUAAAAUAUCUUGGUCAUCACAAAUAUCUUAACGGAAUUUGUAUUCUCCUUAAGCCCAACCAAUCAAGAUUGAAUGUAAUAUUUAAAUUUUGCAUACAAGAGUUGUUAUCACAUAUUCACAAGAACGCAAAGGACAAUAUUGUCUUUUGUUUUACCAAUGCUAGAGGAACAUUCUAUCGCCCAGGGGAUACAUUACCAGCACUACAAUCACAACUAAAUGAGCUCAAGGAAAGAUCUGGUGUCGAAAUACAAACCAACAGAGACACAAUGUACUGUUUUGACAACGAAUCAUUUAGGUUCCUAGCAGCAAUCAAGGGGGGGAUAACUUUUACAGAAGAAGAUGAAAAAAGUUUUGCAGAGAGCUGGAAAAGAUCAGUGGAUGAAUCUUUUAAACUCUUCACACAUCUUGCAUCGAGUAAGCCUCACAAAAUUAAAGAUACUUUAUCGUUAAACCAUGCUAGAAAGAUAGUGAUAGUACUUUCCAAACCUCUUGCGGAAAUAGGACAGCUCAUCCAAGUAAACAUUAGUCUGAUCAGAGAACAGCAAAACGAUAUCGAAAAUUUCAGCCAAUCCAUAGAGCAGCUUGAAGACAGGUUGUACAUCCCGCAGAUAGACCUUGAACCGGUACAGUUGGGAUAUCCCAGGACUGUAUGCACCAGCCAAAGUUGUGUUGAAGUCUUGACUAUUGGAGAAAAUAAUUCAUUAAAAAAAGUAAAUUACAAGACACACUGUCAUACACGCUGUUAUUUAACAAAUGUUGAAUGUGAUGUGAUAAAUAAUUCAGCAUUAAAAGGAUGUUCUGCCAUGAAAAACGAAAUUUGCAAAAUUUGCGGUUGCAAAUGGGAUAAACAUAUGCAUAUUACGUACGAGAACAAGAAUGUGAUCAAACAUAUCGUUGACUUAAAUGUAGAAAACCAGAUCAAGGAAACUAAAUCAUUUCAAGAUAAAAAGAAAGCAAUUAUAGAAGAUAAACAAAAAAGGAUCGAUCAGCUAAAACAAGAACAGCAGAUAAUAACCGAUAUCAACGUUAAAUUUGCACAAUUUUUAAGGCAGAGCGCGAUAGCCAUUUUCAAUAAUGUAUAUGCAGACUACCUAGAUCAUUUCAUUGAACAAGAAAAAAUUAAGAAGUGUGUCGACCCUGAUAAUUACGAUGACGAAAUCCUCAAAGGAAUUGAAACAUCAAAAAUAGUAUACAUGGAAAAAAUAGAAGCUAUAAAAAAAGCAAUCGAGAAUAACGAUCCUUCGGUACCUCCAAUCUCACCAGAAGAUAUAUCCAAUCUUGAAGAGCAAUUGUAUACUUUACCAAUCAACGGUCAAACACUAAAAAAUAUUAAAGAUGGAGCGGAGCGUGGUUUAACUAAUGUAUUCAGGUAUGAAGAAAAGUCCUAUUGGAGAUCAUUAUCAGGCGAAGGAAGAUUUAUGAAUAGGUUUAUAAGAUUUAUACGAUCUUUUUAG